AGUCCUAGAAUAGAUGUGUAUGAUAUAUUAAUAUUUAUGAUUUUUUCUAUAAAAUUAUUCAAUGAUUUUCUUAAAACCAACAAUACAUAGGCAUCGAAAUUAUGUGCUAAAAAGAUAGACGAAGUUGAUAAAACGCUUCAAGUAUUAGGCUCAUCGACAUCUUUCAACAGUAUUUAUAAGAGAACGAUAAUGGACAUAACGAUCGUUAUCAUUUAUUUGUUCGUCUUCUUUAUGAUAAUUAUUUUAGAACAGAUUUUAACAAAUCAGCCAAUUUAUAAAUCGUUCAUGAUAUAUUACUCAAUGUUUCUACAUAUAUAUGGUUUCAUGAUUGAAUUUUUACUGGUGAUCGAGUUUUUUACAAUUGUAAAGUGCAUCAAAUCGGAAUUUGAACGAGCGAACGAACUUCUUGCCGAUAUCAGUAUGCUGCCUGUUUCUUCUAUUAUUUCGGAAUUAUUUGAACACAGAGAAGCUGAUGGUUCUUUUUCUAUAGAACGAUCUCUUCCUGUCGAUUCGAAAAAAUUAUUUAUCGUUGCACCGUCAUUAAGACAAAGGCAGUCGCAAUUGCAAAUUUCAAGCUACAAAAUAAAUAGAAGUAGAAUGUUGUUACGAACAAUCAGGCUGAACGCACCAACGAAAUUAUUCAUACAUUUUAUGGGCAAAAUACGGAUUUUGAGAUACAAAAGGAGGCGAAUGCAUCUCAUCGAAAUAACAAGAGCAAAGAAAAUAUUUCACGUGAUGGAAAAGCGGGAUGAGUAUGAAAAUGGAAGUUUUUAUUCCAAGCUAACAACGCAAAUUAUAAUAAUACAUAACAAUUAUAAAAGCACUUAA